UCUCUCCCACUGCUUCAUUCCAGACUUCAGCGAAAGCGAGGACGAGGCGAAGGCUGCUCCUCCUCCUCCUCCCCAAUCCCAUCUCGCUGCAAAAAAAGAGAGCACUGGGAGGAAAAGAAAGAGAACGAGGUGGGCUGGCUCGCUUUGCGCAAAAUAAGCCGGCGGUCUGCAGCUGGGAAAAGAAAAGAGGAAAGCCGCCAACUGCUCCUUUUGACCUAACAGAAUAAGAGAGUUGGGAGGGACCUUGGAGGGCGCUCCCCUUCCCCAGUCCUGUAGUGUCGUCGAGUGGAGUUCCCGCUCGCCUGUGAGAGACCCACGCCGUCGCCAUGCGCCUCCAUUCCCGGACUCCGCUUCUCCUGGGCCUUGCCCAACUGCAAGCGUGUUUCUAUUGGAGUUGCCUGCUGUGGCUGCCGGCGGACGGGAUGCCCCCGAGGAAUCCACCGCCCCCUCCUCCCGCCGUGUGGAGGCAGCGAAUUCAAUGGGAGAACAACGGGCAGGUGUACAGCCUCCUCAGCGUCGGCUCCCAGUAUCAACCCGCGCGGCGUAGGGUCAGCCAGGAGCCCGCGCAAGGCGGCCACGUUUUGCUCCUCAGGGGCAACGACACUUCUCCUCGCAGGGCGCCGGGACCCGCCGCAGGCAGAGGCGCCGCCGCCGCCACCCGAAAACCGGAGGCGCAGUACUGGUUCCAAGCCGGCUACGAGCAACAAUCCGACAGAAAUGGCACGGACGGGGGCCGAGACGGAGCGCAAGGGAGCCCAGCGGAGAGCGCCACCGCCAGGACGGGCAAUGGGACUGGCUUUACUCUAAGCAAUCUCCGGCAGCCACCCCGCGGAGACGUCAUGGUGGGGGACGACCCGUACAACCCGUACAAGUACACGGACGACAACCCUUAUUAUAACUACCAUGAUACCUAUGAGCGGCCCCGACAGAGAGGCCGCUACCGGCCCGGGUACGGCACCGGCUAUUUUCAAUACGGGUUGCCAGAUUUAGUGCCAGAUCCUUAUUACAUCCAAGCAGCCACUUAUGUCCAAAAGACAUCGAUGUACAACCUGAGGUGUGCUGCUGAAGAGAAUUGUCUAGCUAGCUCAGCUUACAGAUCAGAUGUUAGAGACUAUGAUAACCGAGUACUUCUGAGAUUUCCACAGAGAGUGAAAAAUCAAGGUACAUCAGAUUUCUUACCAAGCCGACCACGAUACUCAUGGGAAUGGCACAGCUGUCAUCAACAUUACCACAGCAUGGAUGAAUUCAGUCAUUAUGACUUACUUGAAGCAAGCUCACACAGUAGAGUAGCUGAAGGACACAAAGCAAGUUUUUGUCUUGAAGACACUUCUUGUGACUAUGGAUACUAUAGGCGAUUUGCAUGUACAGCCCAUACACAGGGGCUGAGUCCUGGUUGUUACGAUACCUACAACGCUGAUAUAGACUGCCAGUGGAUUGAUAUUACAGAUGUUAAACCUGGAAAUUACAUUUUAAAGGUUAGCGUCAAUCCUAGUUACUUGGUACCGGAAUCAGACUAUUCCAACAACAUUGUACGUUGUGAUAUCCGUUACACAGGCCAUCAUGCAUAUGCCUCUGGGUGUACAAUUUCCCCGUAA